AUGGACCGCAUGCUUCGACGGAGGUGCGAGCGGGACGCGGCUUCCUUCGGCUCCUUCGCAGUGGCUUGUGCCGGGAGCUCUUCCUGGCAGCAGGCAUUUCUGCUGCAGCAGCUCCUGGGGCAUCUGGACAUCGCCAACGACCUGCUCCACCGGAAGGCUGUCGCACACGCGGCUGGCCGCGGCAGGUGCUGGGAAGCCGCUCUGGUGCAAGGCGACGAGCGCCAGAGCCUGGGCUCGACGGAGUCAUGGAACGCCCACGAGGUGUGGGCCGUGUCGGCCUGGGCAAGCGAGGCCUGCGGAGCCGUUCCGACGGCCGACUCAGCCUCAGGUCCGUUGCAGCACCUGCCAUCAAGAUGGCGCGCCAGCUGA